UGCGGCGGGCUCGGGGCGCUGGGGGUGCCAGCCGCCGGCCCGGGGAUGCGAGCGCAGGUUUUCCUCUGCAACCGGCCCCUCUGGCUCAAGUUCCACCGGCAUCAGACGGAGAUGAUCAUCACCAAGCAGGGCCGGAGAAUGUUUCCCUUCCUGAGCUUCAACAUCACCGGCCUCAACCCCACGGCCCACUACAACGUCUUCGUGGAGGUGGUGUUGGCGGACCCCAACCACUGGCGUUUCCAGGGGGGCAAGUGGGUGACCUGCGGCAAAGCCGACAACAACAUGCAAGGUAACAAGGUCUACGUUCACCCUGAGUCGCCCAACACCGGGGCUCACUGGAUGAGACAGGAGAUUUCAUUCGGGAAGCUGAAGCUCACGAACAAUAAAGGUGCUAACAACAACAACGCGCAGAUGAUAGUACUUCAGUCCCUACACAAAUACCAGCCCCGACUUCACAUUGUGGAAGUGACAGAAGAUGGUGUUGAAGAUCUGAACGAUUCCUCAAAGACACAAACAUUUAUUUUCCCUGAAACGCAGUUCAUAGCAGUUACAGCAUAUCAAAACACUGAUAUUACACAGCUCAAAAUUGACCAUAAUCCUUUCGCAAAAGGCUUCAGAGACAACUAUGACUCCAUGUACACAGCUUCCGAAAAUGACAGGUUAACUCCAUCUCCCACGGAUUCUCCUAGAUCCCACCAGAUCGUCCCUGGUGCCCGAUACAGUGUGCAGCCGUUCUUCCAGGAACAGUUUGUCAACAACCUGCCCCCAGCCAGGUUUUACAACGGCGAGAGAACCGUGCCUCAGACAAACGGCCUGCUGUCCCCGCAGCAGAACGAGGAGGUGGCCAGCUCUCCCCAGCGCUGGUUUGUGACACCCGUGCAGCAGCCCAGUGCCAACAAACUGGACAUGAACUCCUAUGAGACGGAAUAUUCUCACAGUACCUUGCUCCCUUACGGCAUUAAAUCCCUCCCCCUUCAGACGUCCCACGCUCUGGGCUACUACCCCGACCCGACGUUUCCAUCCAUGGCAGGCUGGGGGAGCAGGGGCUCUUACCAGCGAAAAAUGGCCACAGGACUAACUUGGCCCUCGAGAACAAGUCCUCCGGGAUUCACCGAAGACCAGCUUUCCAAGGACAAGGUGAAAGAAGAAAUGGGCUCGUCCUGGAUAGAGACUCCACCCUCUAUCAAGUCUCUAGAUUCAAAUGAUUCUGGGGUCUACACAGGUGCUUGUAAGAGAAGACGGCUUUCCCCUAGCACUUCCAGCAACGAGAAUUCCCCGACGAUGAAAUGUGAGGACAUUAACGCUGAGGACUACAGCAAAGACACUUCAAAAGGCAUGGGCUACUAUGCAUUCUAUGCUAGUUCUUAAAGCAUCUUUUUUAUUCCAAUUGGCUGAAAAUUUUUUUUCAGGGUGGCCUUGGGUUUUUUUUGCAUUACAAUUGCCAAAAAGACUCUUGCCUUCCACCUUGAGUUGUUGUGUGCAAUUCUAAAGAAGGUGCCAAAGCUUUUUGACUGUUGCAGGUAACAAAGUAGGGAAAGAGCAAACCAUGGGAGAAUUCUUCCCCUUGUUUAGAAGGAAGGGGGACUGAAAGGAGGAUUCUAGUGUCUAAAUGUGGCAUAUUUAUUGGAGACACUGAAGUGUGUAUGGUUUGGGUUGGCUCAGAGGCUUGAUCAAAUCUAUGCACUCCUGAGCAAGGUAAGAGGGGUUGGGAUCCCAAAUUUAAUUUUCUUCCCUGCUUGAUAAAGGGGAACUGGGUUGCAGGGAACUGCACAAAUGCUAUGUUCUGCUUUAGACUGACCUGGUUUAUUCAACCCAUCCACAACAGUUGGCUGAGUUGAAUAUUGCUCAGCUACAGCAUUUUUUUUUUUUUGGCAGAAAAUGCCAAAAAUAAGGCCUGCUUGCCAGGCAGGAUUUUGACUUGAAGGUCUUGUUGCCAACGACAGGAUUCCAAUGACCAAAUUUGACUUUUCUUAGCUUAGAACUUGCAUUAAAAAACCCUUGCCUCCAUCCCAAAAGCCUAACCUUUACUGAGGUGUCCAAAAAUAAAGUGUACAGUUGUGUUUUGUCUAGGUACACUGUAGAAUAUUGUGGAAUAAUGUAUAAAUAGUUGACCUAUAGCUGUUCAGUUGGAAGGGCAUCUGGUGGUGUUUUAAAGUUAAAAAGGCAUUUUUUGGUUAAUAAAACUUAGCAUACGAAGCAUUGCAAAAGGAGAUUUCUAUUUAUGUGUACGUAAAGUGACUUUUUCAGCUGCCCUGUAUGAAACUGGAAGUGAUGUGACUUGACCCAUUCUUGCCUCUACUUUCAGCCGUUUUAAACUGAUCAGCCCCAGAGCAACUGGCCCACAAUCUUUUUCCCUGCCCAAGAAACUUGUUCCUAUUUUGUUUUUUUCUAUGUACAUAGUAAUAAUUUUUAAUAAAUGUG